CCAUCCUCAUGCUAAACAGAGAGACCUUGAGAUCCCGCUUCGACUCAGACGAGUCAGACACAACACACACAAAUAGAGAGAGAGAGAGUUAGGUUUGGUAGGACCGGUCCAAUCCAGUGCUGUGCUUGAGUUGAGAGAGCUCGAGUUGAGGAGGCUCCAUGGAACCAUCUCCAUCAUCGUUGCCAAGAAAGAGAGGGAGACCCAGGAAAGAUAAACCCAAAGAAGAAGAGAGAGAGACAGAAACUGAAAGAGAGACAGAAGAAGCUACUGCUACUCCUACUCCUACUACUCCUACUACAACUACUGCUGCUGAGAAGAUGCGAGACAGAGUUGAGAAGAAGCCUCAAUCUUCCAACAUUGAUGACAAAUACACUCACUGGAAGUCUCUCGUUCCCAUUCUCUACGAUUGGCUUGCCAAUCACAACCUCGUCUGGCCCUCUCUCUCUUGCCGGUGGGGUCCACAACUUGAGCAUGGGAAAUUCAAGAAUCGACAACGUCUCUACCUGUCUGAACAGACUGAUGGAAGUGUUCCGAAUACUCUGGUCAUAGCAAAUUGCGAUGUUGUCAAAUCCAGGGUUGCAGCUGCGGAGCACAUAGCACAGUUCAAUGAAGAAGCACGCUCGCCAUUUGUGAGGAAGUACAAAACUAUCAUACAUCCUGGGGAGGUGAACAGGAUCAGGGAACUUCCGCAGAACAAUAAUAUAGUGGCAACCCAUACUGACUGCCCUGAAGUUCUUAUUUGGGAUGUUGAAGCCCAACCUAACCGUCAUGCUGUCCUUGGAGCAGCUGAUUCUCGUCCAGAUUUGGUAUUGACUGGACAUCAAGAGAAUGCUGAAUUUGCUCUCGCUAUGUGUCCUACUGAGCCCUUAGUGCUCUCUGGAGGGAAGGACAAGUCUGUUGUCUUGUGGAGUAUUCAUGAUCAUGUAUCCACAUUGGCAUCAGAUCCAUCCACCAAGCCUACAGGAUCUGCCGGAUCAAUCAUUAAAACUACUGAUAACAUUUCUAUUGGGCCACGUGGAAUCUUCCAGGGGCAUGAGGACACAGUUGAAGAUGUUCAGUUCUGUCCAUCGAGUGCACAGGAGUUUUGUAGUGUAGGAGAUGAUUCUUGUCUAAUAUUAUGGGAUGCACGAGUUGGCACUAGCCCAGUUUUUAAGGUUGAAAAAGCACAUGAUGCUGAUCUUCACUGUGUUGAUUGGAAUCCCCAUGAUGAAAACCUUAUAAUAACUGGGUCUGCAGAUAAUUCUGUUUGCAUGUUUGAUCGCCGGAAUCUGACUUCUGAUGGAGCAGGGUUGCCCGUUCAUAAGUUCGAAAGUCAUAAAGCUGCUGUUCUGUGUGUGCAGUGGUCACCGGACAGGUCAUCUGUCUUUGGAAGUUCUGCUGAGGAUGGUUUCUUGAAUAUUUGGGAUUACGAAAAGGUUGGUAAAAAGAAUGAAAAUGGAGCGAGAACGCCAAAUUCUUGUUCAGGAUUGUUUUUCCAGCAUGCUGGGCACAGGGACAAAGUUGUCGACUUCCACUGGAAUGCUGCUGAUCCAUGGACAGUUGUUAGUGUAUCUGAUGACUGUGAUACCUCAGGCGGAGGUGGAACGCUACAGAUAUGGCGCAUGAACGAUUUGAUUUACAGGCCUGAAGAGGACGCUUUGGCUGAGCUCGAGAAGUUUAAAUCACAUGUGGUCGAUUGUGCUUCCAAGUCUUGAAGCAUACAGAAACAAUGUGUAUGGAAUAGCUCAAGUACUUGUAGUGUUUCCCCCACCCUCAAGGAUCAGUGACCAAAAAUUUGAUUUGAUUUAUCUGUUUUUGAUGUCGGAAAAUAUGACCCAAUUGAAAAGAUUUUAGGUUGUCUACCUUCUGGGCUCUUUGGUAUAUCUGAGCUUGCCUUUGGAAAAAUGUAGUGCAGGCUACAGUUUUGCAUCAUUAAAAAAAUUAGUCUUAAAAGACUUUUUGUUAUAGUGAAGAUCGAAGUCGUUUGUUUUCAAGUUAAAUAUGUGCUUAGUAAAUUCCACUAUUUGAGGUUA